CACUUGGUGUACAGGAAAUUUUUUUCACCAGGUUGUAUUGUGUGACUACUAAUUAAAUAUUUUUUAUAUUCAUUUUUAAAUAUUCUCCGCUGUUAUACACAGUAAUCAGCCACUCACCAACCUGGAAACACUAAUAAGUAUCAACUGGUUUGUAACAAACAAUAUUUUUUUCAUGUUUGGCUAUGUUUAUGCUUUGGUUUGUUUCAAAUAUGCAUAAAUGAAGUUCCAUUGAAGGACGUCACCUUUACAGUUACACAAUUUAACAUUUCCGAAAAGGAGUUGGAAGAGACAAAGCGUAUUUAAUGUUACCACUUCUUUGUCAUGCAAUAAUUAAUGUUACUGUUUAAUGGCUUUCUGUGUUCAACAUGGGCCAGUUUACCUUUUAAAAAAUAAAUCGGGCUAUAUGUGUAACGGUAAGUUGAUAGUUUGUGUCGAUGAUAAAUUACUGGAUAAAUGAAAUAUUUAAAACACUGGAAUGAGGGCUUGCUGUUUUUUAUUUUAUAGUUUUUAAUUCUUAAAACCCAAUAUUUUACAUUUCUGUUUUUAAACUCAUUGUUUACAUUUUUUUUCCAACUGGAUUUCUAAUGUAAUUGCCUUCCAAAUGUGGAGGCUUUUCCUUUUAACAUUUUUUAAGUAUCAAUGUAUAUUUCAUUAAAUCAUUAUUUAAUAACAGAAAAAUUCUUUUAACUUUUCAAAGUUUAAAGGAUUAAAAACAUUUUUAAAAUUCUAAAAAAUAUACAGAGAAAAAUAUAAAGGGUCAAAUGCGACAGAAUUAAAUAUUUAUUUGGUUUUAUCCCAUUUGACCUAGCAUAGUAUUUGUUAUCAUUUAAGAAAUAAUAAGUUACAUAAUUCAAUAAUUAAAUAUUUAGAUAAAUACUUCAAUUAUUAAAUGUACUUGUAAUUAAUGGCACAUUUAAGUAAUUAUUGAUUUAUGUAUGUAUUUAAUUUUUUCCCAUUCGACCUCCAUAAUAAAAGUCCAACCUCAAGUUGUAUAUUUCUUUUUCUGGUUCUUUUGUUUGAUCAGUGUGCUGCAUCCUACGCCAUUAUCAUGACAACCCGCAUCCAGCAGCUGGCUCAACCCAAACCCGACCGACUUCGAUAUCCUGACCGUCGUUCUGUUCACUGGCUGGACAAAUCUCCCUCGCAAAGAAGCAAACUUCCCACUGAGAAUGAGUUAACACCUCGCUGGGCUGAACUGUGCAGGAGUAAAACAUUCCAGACUCAACUCUUGCGUUCCCCAAGGUGGCAAGUGAGUGAAUCAGCUCUCAGGGCCGUAGCGUCGGAGCGGCUGUGUCGUCUUGCCCAGCCCCGGGCCCCCCCGCCUAUUUGGCAGCCGGCCUUACCCCUGCCUACCCCUCUGAGGAAGGCAACUCAGACUGCGGUCGCCACUCCUCGGAUUUGCCAGCUCGCCCGACCUAAGACGAGGCCCCUUGUUGCGGGUCACAGAUGCCAACUCGGUACCCCCAAGAUACCCCGGAAAGCUUCAGCGCGCACAGAGCUUCUUGCCACCCCCAAGCAAGAACACCCUAAACACGAAGGUGGGCGUCCAGUGUGCUGGCCUGUGUCCCGAGCGGCCAGAACCUGUGUACCCAGUCAGAGACUCGUGGCGCUGUCCAGUCCCAAGCAAGGAAAGUCUCUCUUUGAGGGCUACAAGCAGUAUGGGGUUAGCUCUGCAGACCCCUCGCCUCUGAGACAGCACCUCUGACAAUAAGUAGGAGUAUGUGUUCUUGUUGUGGUAACCUAUUUAUUAUUGUCCUAUCUAAAUCGAGGUGCAGGUGUAUCCCCGAAAGUCAUUUUUAUUAACAUAAAACUGUAUUGUUAAGAGUGCACAACACAUUUAAAAUGAUUGAUAUUCCAAAAACACAGAAUGAAUGUUACAUAUUUAUCAAAU